CCCUGUUCUUCCUACCCAGCCGGCAAGCUCUGGGCUCUCAGAACUGUCUGGGAGAGCGAAGGGAGAGGAAGAUGGCUCUCACGCGCCACGAAGGGGACAAGCAGCGGAGGGGCCUCCCGGGGGACGUUACCAAAAAAAGCCUGAAAGAUGAAAUUGAAUCCAUUUUGCAAGAGCGUAUUAUGGUUUUGGAUGGAGGCAUGGGGACCAUGAUCCAACAACAUAACUUGACAGAAGAGGAAUUCCAGGGACAAGAAUUUAAAGAUCAUUUGAAACCGCUAAAAGGAAACAAUGAUCUGUUAAGCAUUACUCAGCCUGAUAUAAUCUACAAAAUUCACAAGGAAUACUUGAUGUCUGGUGCUGAUAUCAUAGAGACAAACACCUUCAGCAGCACUAGAGUAGCCCAAGCUGACUAUGGCCUUGAACAGCUGGCUUAUAGGUUGAAUAAAUUAUCAGCACAAGUAGCUAGAAGAGCAGCCGUUGAUGUUACUGCUGAAACAGGACAUAAAAGAUAUGUUGCUGGGGCAAUGGGUCCCACAAACAAGACCCUUUCUGUUUCUCCUUCAGUGGAAAAGCCAGAUUAUAGGAAUGUUACUUUUGAUGAGCUCGUGGAAGCUUAUACAGAACAAGCCAAAGGACUUCUAGAUGGUGGAGUAGAUAUCAUGCUAGUUGAAACCGUAUUUGAUACAGCCAAUGCAAAGGCAGCUCUCUUUGCCCUCCAGAAUUUGUUUGAGGAAGAGUAUGAACCCAGACCAAUAUUUGUGUCUGGAACUAUUGUUGAUAAAAGUGGACGUACCCUCUCUGGCCAGACCGGGGAAGCAUUUGUUAUCAGUAUAUCUCACAGUGAGCCUCUCUGCAUUGGAUUAAAUUGUGCUUUGGGAGCAGUGGAAAUGAGGCCUUUCAUUGAAGCUAUUGGGAAAUGUACAUCUGCCUACAUCAUUUGUUAUCCUAAUGCAGGUCUUCCUAACACUUUUGGUGGUUAUGAUGAAACACCUGAAGUGACUGCCAAGCACCUUAAGACUUUUGCAUUAGAUGGUUUGGUGAAUAUCGUUGGUGGCUGCUGUGGGACUACUCCAGCACACAUACGUGAGCUUGCUGAAGCAGUAAAAGGAUGCAACCCUCGCAUACCUGCCUCCUCUUUCUCAGAGGGCUACAUGUUGCUAUCAGGUCUGGAACCAUUCAGGAUUGGGCAGUACACCAAUUUUGUUAACAUUGGGGAACGCUGCAAUGUUGCGGGAUCAAGAAGGUUUGCCAAACUCAUCAUGGCAGGCAAAUAUGAAGAUGCGCUGAGUAUAGCCAAGGCCCAGGUGGAGAUGGGAGCUCAGGUUUUGGAUAUCAAUAUGGACGAUGGCAUGCUAGAUGGGCCAAGUGCCAUGGCAAGAUUCUGCAACUUCAUUGCUUCAGAACCUGACAUCGCCAAGGUUCCACUCUGUAUUGACUCAUCCAAUUUCACUGUGAUAGAGGCUGGGUUGAAGUGUUGUCAAGGCAAAUGCAUAGUCAACAGUAUCAGUCUCAAAGAAGGAGAAGAAGAUUUCUUAGCAAAAGCCAGAAAAAUAAAGAAAUUUGGAGCAGCUGUGGUGGUUAUGGCCUUUGAUGAAGUGGGUCAGGCCACAGAAGCAUCAGAGAAAAUUUCAAUCUGCAGUAGAGCCUACUGUCUCCUGGUGAACAAAAUGGGCUUUAAUCCAAAUGAUAUCAUUUUUGAUCCAAACAUUCUGACCAUAGGUACUGGAAUGGAAGAACAUAAUUUGUAUGCAAUUAAUUUUAUCAAUGCAGCUAAAACCAUAAAAGAAACUCUUCCUGGAGUGAAAAUAAGUGGAGGCCUUUCCAAUCUGUCAUUUUCCUUCCGGGGUAUGGAUGCUAUUCGAGAAGCAAUGCAUGGAGUUUUUCUUUACCAUGCAAUUAAGUGUGGAAUGGACAUGGGGAUUGUGAAUGCAGGGAAUUUGCCUGUGUACGAUGACAUCCAUAAGGAGCUUUUGCAACUUUGUGAAGAUUUGAUAUGGAAUAAAGACCCAGAUGCCACAGAGAAGCUUUUGCGUUAUGCUCAGACCCAUGCUCAAGGAGGAAAGAAAGUGGUGCAGACUGAUGAAUGGAGAAAUGGCUCCGUAGAAGAAAGAUUGGAAUAUGCCCUUGUCAAGGGCAUUGAAAAAUAUGUGAUUGAGGAUACAGAGGAAGCUAGAGUAAACAAAGAAAAAUAUUCCAGACCGCUGCAUAUAAUCGAGGGGCCUCUGAUGAAUGGCAUGAAAACCGUUGGUGAUCUUUUUGGAUCUGGAAAGAUGUUUCUUCCACAGGUGAUCAAAUCUGCUCGAGUUAUGAAGAAGGCAGUUGGGCAUCUCAUUCCUUUCAUGGAGCAGGAGCGAGAGGAAAUGCGUGCCAUGUCCAAUAGCACAGAGGAAGAGGACCCUUACCAUGGCACCAUUGUGUUAGCUACUGUGAAGGGGGAUGUCCAUGAUAUUGGCAAGAAUAUUGUGGGAGUUGUCUUGGGCUGCAAUAAUUUCAGGGUUAUCGAUUUGGGAGUCAUGACGCCAUGUGACAAGAUACUUAGAGCUGCCCUUGAAAACAAAGCAGAUGUUAUUGGCCUGUCGGGCCUCAUCACUCCUUCUUUGGAUGAGAUGAUCUUUGUGGCCAAGGAAAUGGAGAGACUAGGAAUAAAGAUUCCUUUGCUUAUUGGAGGCGCAACUACUUCCAAAACACACACAGCUGUAAAAAUUGCUCCCCGAUACAGUGCUCCUGUCAUUCAUGUCUUGGAUGCAUCGAAGAGUGUUGUCGUUUGCUCUCAGCUUUUGGAUGAAAAUGUAAAGGAUGACUUCUUUGAAGAAGUACAAGAAGAAUAUGAAGACAUUAGGCAGGAUCACUAUGACUCUCUCAAAGAAAGAAAAUAUUUAUCAUUACAGCAAGCAAGGAACAAGAGUUUCUCCUAUGACUGGCUAAAUGGCUACAGACCAGUUAAACCGCAGUUCCUUGGCACUAGAGUCUUUGAAGAUUAUGACUUGCAGAAGCUGGUGGAAUACAUUGACUGGAAGCCUUUUUUUGAUGUCUGGCAGCUUAGAGGCAGAUAUCCCAACCGGGGAUUUCCUAAAAUCUUCAGUGACAAAACAGUGGGUGAAGAGGCAAAAAAAGUCUAUGAUGAAGCUCAGAACUUGUUGAAAACUUUGAUUACAGGAAAAAAACUUAGAGCCAAAGGUCUGGUUGGAUUUUGGCCAGCUCAGAGUGUUCAAGAUGAUAUUUAUUUAUAUGCCACAGAUGAUGAUGUACAGGCUUCAGAACCAGUAGCUAAAUUCUAUGGCUUAAGGCAACAGGCUGAGAAAGACUCUGCUUCUACAGACCCAUAUUAUUGCUUGUCUGACUUUAUAUGCCCUCUGAAAUCUGGUGUUCCUGACUAUUUGGGUCUGUUUGCUGUGGCAUGCUUUGGAGUAGAUGAGCUGUGCAAGGAAUAUGAGAAACAGUCUGAUGACUUCAAUAUCAUAAUGAUAAAAGCACUGGGAGAUCGGUUAGCAGAGGCAUUUGCAGAGGAACUGCAUGAAAGGGUUCGCAAAGAUUUCUGGGCAUACUGUGAAAAUGAGCAGCUGGAAUUUUCAGACCUGCGGAGAAUUAGAUAUGAUGGAAUUCGUCCAGCACCUGGGUAUCCAUGUCAGCCUGACCACACUGAAAAAAUCACUAUGUGGAAGCUUGCAAACAUUGAGGAAGCAACAGGUAUUCAGCUAACUGAAUCCCUUGCAAUGUUGCCUGCUUCAGCAGUAUCUGGUCUCUACUUUUCCAAUCCAGGUUCUCAAUACUUUGCUGUUGGUAAGGUAUUGAAAGACCAGGUUGAAGAUUAUGCCUUAAGGAAAAACAUGUCUGUGGCAGAGGUUGAAAAGUGGCUGGGACCUAUAUUGGGAUAUGAUCCAGAAUAACUAACUAUAUCUGAGGGUGGGGUGGCCUUUUGGGUGACAUCCAAUUCAUUGAUUACACUCACCAGGAGAAUGAGAGAUGUUGACAGUUUCCCUUCUUCCCUGCAGAUCCCUGCACCAUCUCUUACACUAUCCAAAGUUUCUGUCACACAUAUGGAGUGUAAAAACGGCUCUGUUCUAUUUUCCAACAGUGGGCAUUUUUUGUCUGUGAAAGAGUUCCAAUUGGGUUCUACGCCAACUUUUGGUGGAAAAAAAAGCUUUAAGAAGAGGUCUACUUCCCAAGAAAUAACAGUCUUAAGCUGGCAAUUUAAAAUGGCUACUUUUGGUCAUCAUUCCCUACAAUGAACCAUAUUCUCCAACCACAACAACUUCUUUAAAAAGUUAAGCAGUGGAGCAAACUUGGGAAGACAGCUACAGCGACUAAUAUGUGGUGCCUCUUUCAUUUGCACAUAAUCUCGCACAUUUGUUACUGUAAGCAACAGUGACCUUUUCAUUGCAACUUAAAGGAUUUCGCAGUUGCUUUCUGGAGCUUAAUUUAAUGAAAUGAGUAUAUAUCAAAAGAAAUGUGUUUUGCACUGAUGUGUCCUAUUGAAUGUAUAUACAUGAAUAGUGUCAAAGUUCAAAAUAUUGAUGUUUAAUUUGAUUGUGCAUAUAUAUAAUGGCUAAUAUGCUCCUAAACAGACACAUACACUUGGGGCAUAAAUAAGUGCCUUGAUGCAAACUUGCAGGUGCCAUUCCCAUUUUCAGCUUUCAUUUUCCUAACCAAACAUCCUGAUUCCUCACCUACCUCAAGUCUUGUAGAGGCCAGGAAAAUAAUAUUUCUGUUACUUUAAUAAUCCUUACUCAUAAUAUAAUUACAGUUACAGAUGGAUGAGCCUUCUGUUGUUGUCUGUGUUGUGGUGUCAUUUUCCAGUAGUUGCCAAAGUAUUAGGUCACAAAUGUUUUGAUACUUACUUUUGAAAGUGUGGGAGGGUACUAGUUUCUCCCACUACAUAAUGAAAUCAUUCUCUUUAAAUCUCUGCUGAGUUUCCUUUCCCUGUCCAGUUGCUUUUUGGAGAUCUAUAUAAUUGGAUUUCUCCUACUAUAGCCUGUGUCUAUCCUGGUAUUGUUAAUUUGAAAGAUUAGAUUAACAGUGCUUAAACUUCCAGAACAAGAUUUCACGCAUUGUGCUUUUCAGCUUGUAGUUUGAGGAUAGUUCUCCUGUUUUCUCUGAGAACUACAUAGUUUGAGUCCCCCUUAUCUGGAAUUCCAAAAUUCGAAAUACUCCAAAAUCUAAAACAUUUUCCAUGGGCAGCUGAGACAGUGACAUCUUUGCUUUCUGAUGGUUCAGGGUACACAAACUUUGUUUCAUUCACAAAGUUAUUAAAUAUAUGUAUACCUUCAGUGUAUUGUAUAAGGAAUAUAAGAAGCAUAGAUGAAUGUCAUGUUUAGACUUGGAUCUCAUCUCCAAGAUAUCUCAUUAUUUAUAUGCAAAUGUUCUCAAAUUUGAAAAAUCCAAAACAUGGUCCCAAGCAUUUCGGAUAAGGGAGACUCAACCUGUAUAAUUUGUACAAGUGAGUUUUGAUAGGUUCUGCACAGAGUCUCAAAGCAAAGUUAAAUAGGCAUACAUAUAUUUAAAAAGAAUCUAGUGUUAUUAAAGUUGAACAGGUUCUAGUUCUAGGAUCCAUUAGUUAGGUUAGCCUUCAGAAAACAAGUUUUAAAUGGAGCUAAAAUUUUAUUCUUGAAAAAGCUAAUACAUCUUUUCAAAGACAGGUAAAAUAUAAUGAGCAGUUCCUACACCUUUCCUGAUAAGUAGGCACAUAGCUAUUUUCUCAUGGUCUAGUUGCUUAUCAGCCUGUGGUAAACUGACUGAAUAUGUUUGCUGGAAUGUUGUUUGUGCCAUUACUUGAACAUAGUGGUCACGGUUUAUUUAUUUAUUUACAGUAUUUGCUCUUCAGGCCUAAAGGCUCUCAGAGUGGCUUACAGAUAGUUAUUCAGACAGUUCCCUGCCCUGAGGCUUACAAUCUAAAAAGACAUGACACAAAAAGA